UGGUUGGUCUAAGAGGUCUUUCAAUCCAGGGUCCCAGAACACAUUGAUUCUCAGUUUGAAGUUUUCAGCUAAGCAGCCUCACACGCGGUGUUUGGCUUGGAGAGUUAUGACUCUGAAGACUUCGUGCUGUUCAUGGCUUUCUCGACGACACCAGAGAUAUGUUUGUGCUCUCCUCCAAGCUAAACAGGCAGCAGCGAUGGUGGCGGUAAGCUCUUUCUUUUUCGGGGUUCUUACGUGUAGUAUCGGAGCCGCAGAAGCUCAGCAGCAGGCUAGAAAGCACGGGCCUGGUAGUAACUCUACGCAAGUUCCCAAUGGUGACAAGGAUGGCCUCCCGGCAGCCAGCAUUGCUGCCGGAGUGCUGUCCCUGAUCGUUGUGGGAGGUCUCUUACUGGUGGCAGCUCUAAUCUUCAUAAAGCAGCGCUUUCUCGAUCCAAGAGCCAAGGCUUCGACGACAGCAGCUUCGAUCAUCUCUGCACCAGGAUCACCUCAGCUUGUCCAGUUUUCCUUCAAAGCCAUCGUUGCCACCACCCGGAACUUCAGCGACAAGAUCGGAGCUGGAAUUCUCGGCUCCGUCUACAAAGGAGUUUUUCCGGACAGCGAGACGGUGGUCGCCGUGAAGAAGCUCGAGAUAAACACAAGCGACAGGGACUUCCGCAACUGCGUCUCCGAGAUCGGUUUCUUGUCUCACGACAGCCUCGUCCAGCUCCACGGCUUCUGUGCGGACUGUGGCCCCGACAACAAAAUGCUCGUCUACGAGUUUCUUUCAAAUGGUUCGCUGGACAAGUUGCUCUUCGAAGACUCGGAGGACAACCGGCUCGACUGGAAGUUCCGGUUUGACACAGCCCUCUCGAUCGCUCGGGGCGUCGCACAUCUCCACCAGCAGCAGGUUCCAGUGAUCCACGGCAAUCUCAAAACAGAAAACAUCCUUCUGGACAAGAACUUCCAGCCGAAAAUCUCCGACACCGGCCUGGGCUUGCUCGUCGACAGGAGAAAAAUCAAGACGGCUCUGAGCAGCGGCCGAGUUCACGGAUACUUCUCCCCAGAGUGGAUUGCCGACUCGCCUCUCACGACCAAGACCGACGUCUACGGCUUUGGGAUGAUCCUUCUCGAGAUAAUUGGUGGCCGGAGGAUCCUCGACUUGAGCCAGAAGUCGGAGCAGUGGAACUUCGUGGACUGGGUUUCCAAGCAGGUGAAAGCCGGCAACUACGUCGGGGUCGCGGAUCCCCGGUUGAGUAGCAUCGAUCUCGAGCAGCUCCGGAGAGGGAUCGACGUUGCGGUGUGGUGCAUCCAAGACGACGCAAAGUCGAGGCCGUCCAUUGCUAAAGUUGUCGAGGAGCUGGAGAAAGUUUUGGUGAUUGAGGCUACUCCUGCGAGAAAGAAGAGGUCCUACGGGCAGCUGCAAGAGAUAGAAGCAUCGUGAACAGAAGAAAAAAGACGAUGCGAAGAGAAAGAAUGUUUCUUUGCUUUCCUUUGUGGUGUUUCUUUCUACACGAAGAUAUAAAUCAGCCAUCUUCGUUUUUCUUGCUCUUGUCCAUGAAAGUGUAAAUGAAUGAAUGGAGAGAGACUCGUCUUUGUUCU